GCUUACCAAUCCACAGAAAAACCACUCAAGCAGCUUAAGCUAGAAGACAACCUGAACAAGGAUACCCAAAAUUCUAUUCUUCGCCUCAGAAUGGUCUUAUCGAAAGUCAGAGUCAGGAUUUCAGAAGAGAAGCAGAAGGCACUGGAUGCGAAGAAGAGACAGCCAGGAUUUGUGUUUGAAGGGGACGAUCAUGUUGUAGCAAGGGAGCAGAGGGUGGAGAUAUUGGGAGCAAAGACAGUGUGAAUUAGAGAAAAGUCUAAAAGAAAGAAGAAAGAAAGAGUAUUCUCACUUGAUCGAAAGGAUAAAAAUGAAAAUUUCAUGUUUGAGCCGAAUGAGAACUUAAUUUUUGAGGUAAAAGAUAUGCAAAGGUUACGCUAUCUGAGCGAUAAAGUGCAGCAAAGAACCAAAGUUGCUUUAGGAAGUUAUAUAUGCUCUAAACUAAUCACAAACUUCAAUGAUUUCAAGAAAAAGAAAAUUCAUGAGUAUAACCUGAAGUUCAGUGAGAGGAAGGAUCAGCAUGUUCAGGCUUGUCCUGAACUCAAGCAAUUGAGAGACCAGAACAAGUUGUUAAAGAUAGAACUCUACAGAAGAAAAACUGUCAACAGAAAGAGGCUAAGGUCUGCUUAUAAAUAAAG